AUGAGUUCUCCCGUGAGGGACGUCGAGGUGAACGUGGUGUCCAGUCCGGAGUCCACCAGCAGGAAUAACUCUCCGGAACCGGACAGCUACAGACUUAUCAGCCACAGCUCGGGCGUCACUACGUGCUUCCCGGUGAUCAAGACUAGUGAGGAGGAUGAGCGCGGGGAGAAGGACGCGAAGGCGACGGCCACGCAGAAGACCUCCAGCGGUUCCACCAAUUUCUCCAUCUCCAGCAUCCUGUCCAGGACGGAGCCGACGGUGAAGAAGAAUGGGUUCCUGCAGGGGGUGCAAAACGGGCAGAGCAUCUUGGAGACGGGGUUGGCGGCUGGUUCCGACAGUGCCGUGUUGUCAAGGCUAGGCCUUAUGUCACAUUUUGGCGCUCUAGCGGCGGCAAGUAGCAGAUAUGCAGCGCUGUGCGGCACACCGACUGACCCCAGAACAUUGCCGUGGUACUGGGGCAGAAUACCCUCACAAAUUCCUCAGGAUAAGCCUAGCCCAAAAGGUGGCUCGACGAACGACGACCAAAGUCCGCCUACGUCCCCCCGCGACAACCAAACCACCAACAACACGGAAAGUCGAUCCUCCAGACCGUCGUCCCCGUCGGACCACCAGAGAUCGCCCACGUGUAGCCCACACCAGCCCAACACGUUACCUUCAUCCCAUCCCGCUUUCCUAGACCAGAACUACCUGAACAUGCGUUCCAAAAGCCCCUUCAGGGAGUCCGACAACAUGGUAAUCGACGAGGAAGUCGACGACGAAGAGAGCGACUACGACAACGACAAAGAUAAGAAAGUCCAGAGCUCCAGCAUGAGCCCCGGCAACUCCUUGUCUAACAAGAGGAAAAAGAAAACGAGGACCGUCUUCUCCAGAUCGCAAGUGUUCCAGUUGGAAUCAACCUUCGACAUGAAGAGGUACCUAUCCUCUUCGGAAAGAGCGGGAUUGGCGGCUAGUCUUCACCUAACGGAAACCCAAGUGAAAAUAUGGUUCCAGAACAGGAGGAACAAAUGGAAAAGGCAACUGGCCGCCGAACUGGAAGCUGCGAAUAUGGCUCACGCCGCCCAGAGGUUGGUCAGGGUGCCGAUCUUGUACCACGAAUCAGCCAACUCCUCUAUACGCCACCCCUUCGAACAAAACCACCCGCUAGGACUCCAUCAUCCUCUAGACGGCAGCAGAGAAGCCGGAAGUGCGGGUAACAGCUCCGUGGUGACGUCCACAGGGUAUCCGAGUUCCCUGUACUAUCACCACCAAGCGGCCGUGGCGGCGGCGGUUCAUAGUUUGCCCUCGAGUCCCGUCAGUAGACCGCCAAUGUCGGGGUUGGUAUGA